AUGGCUCGUCGUACACGUCCUGGGGCGAAGAAACACACUUCGCGGUCGAAGAAAACUUACAUAACGGGCAAGAAAGGGAAACGACAACCCGACCAAAACUCCCGGUUCCCAAAAUUCAGUCAUUUCCCCGCCGAAAUACAAUGGAAAAUCUUCCGCGAGGUCUUGAACGGCGACCCCCAUUUUCAUGUUCUCAGGGUCGGCCGUGUCGAUGAUGCUCAUGCAGGAACAUGGAAACUGUCUUUCUCUCCCGUCACGAGAAAAGAGGAUAACUCGGGAUACCGGAUGUAUGACGAACUUUCAAGUGUCAACCCUGCGGCUGCAGCGGCCGUGAGACAUGAGUUGGCAUUGAGGAGAAGGGGCCAGUUCGAAGGGCUACCUUUCAAGAUCUUGGACGCCCGUAUUGAUGGUGCAAAAGACUUGAUCGUUUUCGACUUUGCUAGGAGCACAGUCCCGGCGAUGGGUGACAGCCUCGCGGAGCAGUUCCAAAACACGGAAAAGUUCGGCAUCAAGUUGAGUCCCAAGCACUACUCCUGCCAUGACAUGGACGGCAAUUUCCGCUGCGUCGACCGAGCUUUCCCAAACUACGCCAGUUCUAUGCCAUCAUCGAUCCCCUAUCACGGCAACAAGAAACAUGACCUCAUGGAUCUCUAUCUUAAGGGCUACUUUGCCGGCACCUACCCAACCGAACACCCCACCAACAAAACCCCCUUCUACGGCAUCUCCACUCUCUACAUCCCCCUCCACCACUCCGACGCCCUCCCCGCAUUCGGCUUCCCCAACAACCCCAACACCAACCACCACCACCACCACCACCACCCCCCGCCCCACCACCCCACCACAAGCCCAGGACCCUUCCCCGCGCUCCAAGACCUGCACGACAUGCACGACAUGCUGGCCGCCGUGGCGGACCAUUUCUUCCUGGAUCGCCUGCCGCCGCAACACAGCAGGUAUGUGGGUCCGAGCGAGUACCGGCUGGAGCGGGCGGCAAGGGAGAAGCUGGUGUUUGGGGUGCUGGUUGCGGUGGGGAGGGAGAAGAAAAGUCCGGGCCCCGACAUCGAGACGAGCAACCCAACAUGA